CUGUAGCUUUUGGUCGUGUGUCAAUCAGCUCAACGCUUUAUAUUCUGUAGUAUCAUCUUAUACAUUUGUUUGAUGUGGGUUUUGCUAAAACUUCACAUAUAGUCAUGUCAUUACGCAGUCCACCCUGUGUUAGCCCCAGUUUGUGUCUCACGUCGGCUAACACACAGAGGAAACUUAAGUGCCCACAAUGAUGGGCAGCGUCUGUAUUAGUGUCAACCAACCACAUAGUUAACAACUAGUUUGCUCUAUUGAAUUGGCUGUCUUAGCUACCUGCUACCUGUUUUAUUAGAGACAUAAAGUGGGACUAAGCAGUCCGUGUGACACCUAAAAAUGCAGGAAUGGCAAAAAAGAGAAAGCGCAAGAAGUUAUCGUCAUCCUCAAGUGAAGAAGAUGAAAAGGUGUCCAAGAAACACAAUGUAACCAAACAUUACAGACGUGCCAAGAGAAAGCAAGAUGUGAAGAGUCAGGAGAGCUGUGCAGCAAAACAGGAAAAUUGUGCUUUUCCUACCAUUAAAGAUAUCUCCCAAAGCACCCGUCAAAUCAAAAAGCCUGUCUAUAAACUGGCAAAAACACAAGACAGACCAACAGACCAGAAACCUGUUAAUGAUGAAAAAGACUGUACAAAACCAAAAUAUUCCUCUGUGCCAUGCCAUGGGGGAAAUUGCUCUACUAAAGCAGAAAAUUAUAUUUCAGGGAAAGAUAAUACUGCCAGUGGGAGUAAGAUUGUGGAAAGGAGACCUUCAAAACCCUUGAACGCCAGCAAUGCAGGUGCAGUUCCUCAGAGAAUAGAGGAGACGUCUAAAUGCAGCUUAGAUGAAACCACUUCCCAAAGGAGCCCCUCCAAAUUAAAAAAGGAGCUAAUGAGUCCCAGUCUGGUUUCUGCUAAGCAGAAAGAACAAGCACAGAUUGUACAGAAGAGGAGGUACAGAGCUGAUGAGCCACCAAGGAAUGGAAAUGAUAGCAACACUAUCAAGACCAGGGAACUAUGCAGGAUCUCCUCCAUAUCCAAGAAUUCUACACAGCAGAAAAGAAGGGAGCUGGUCAAGGAGAUGUGCCAACGGCAUCAAGAAAAUAAGCUUGAGGCUGAAAGGAGCCUCAAAAAGGAGUAUAAAAAAAGUCUCUCUACCAUAAAGCAGUCUUCCACUUCAGUCAAGCAAACUACGUCCGUUAGUAGUUCAAAUGUGAUGAAGAAUAUCACUUCAAUCCCUGUGAAUGUCAUAUCAGUGUCACAUAAGACAGCUAAAUCAUCGUCUGCUCAGCAAACAAUAUGCUCUCUCGCAUCACCUCUGCCUCCUAAUUUUAAGAUACCAAAAAAGGUUCAGCCAAGGCCAGUAGAUGGCACCUGUAUGAACAGUGAUGCUAUUUCUACAAACAGAAAUCCCAAAUGUGGAACUGAGCUUUCAAGCUCUGAGGCUAACUCCAUGCAGGGAACUGUCCAACAAGCACACAGCUGUUCGGAUGUUACCACUAGUUUUUCCUCUCAAGGACAAGAAAAGAGGUCAUCCUUGUCAGGCAAUCUCCCAGCUACAUCCGAUACAGUCUCUGAACCAUGUUAUGACCAGUUGCAAGUGGUUGAAAAGCUUCAUCUUGCCCGCUCUGAGAAGAGACUAGAAGUGAAUGUAAUGCAAAGCUAUGGGACACUCACCUGUAUGGACAUAGACCCACCAGAAGAGGGAGCUGCAGACACUCACUGCGAAGAAUCCCGUCCGCAAGACCUAAUCCUUGUUUUGGACACCAACAUUCUGCUCAGUCACCUGGAUUAUGUGAAAAAGAUCAUAUCUCACGGACUUGGAGCCCUGGGCUUCCCUGUGGUCCUGAUCCCCUGGGUGGUGCUUCAGGAGCUGGAUUCCUUAAAAAAGGGAAGAGGCCUGUCAGGUUCUGUGACCCACCUGGCCACACCUGCAAUCUCUUAUAUUUACAACACUUUGAAGAGCCGGGAACCACACCUCUGGGGCCAGUCUAUGCAGCAGGCCGCUGAGAGCAGCAAUGGUCUGAAUGCUGAGAAUAACGAUGACAGAGUGCUGCAGUGCUGCCUGCAAUACCAAAGUCUGUACCCAGAGUGUGCUCACAUCCUAUGCACUAAUGAUAAGAACCUAUGCAGUAAGGCCCUCCUGUGUGGGUUGAAGGCCCUCAGCAAGAAUGAUUUGGAGGCAGAGGUUGAGAGUUCCACACAUGGCUUUCGUUCUCUGCAAAACAUUAAGACUUCCACGCUGUCUAAUGUCACCCCUCAGGUCUCAUCACCAAUGCUUAGCAGAAGCUAUACACCAGUCCAGCCACAUAGUCAAGAGACAACAGGCCUUUCUGUAGGACUCAUAGCGAAAGAUAACAAGAGGCUGAGCAAAAGAGACGAUGAAGAGAAGACAAAAUGGGACCUCAGCAGAUGUCUUUCUGAACUGGAAGACUGCCUGCGAGAGGUGCUGUCUGACGUGUUGGAGGUAGAGAUGAAGGCCGCCUAUGACGAACUCUGGCUAGAGAUAGUUUAUCUAAAACCACCCUGGACUUUACAAGAUGUCCUGCAGUGUUUGAAAAAGCACUGGAUUGCUGUCUUUGGACACAUUGUCCCACGUACGAAGCUGCAAACGGUUUUAAAUCUCAUCGGCUUCUUUGACUCAGGUAAAACAGUGGACUGUAGCACAACCUUAGCAGCCCUCCAAGAAGCUAAGGAGCUUGUGGAAGCAUUUGGAAGAAGUUCAAGCCAUGUUCCCAGUGCCAUCUCCAUAAUGGACAAUAUUUUCAAUAAACUACAACCACAGGGGGAAUCUCCUGCCGGUGAUGUUCUCAUGAAUGAUGAUGAUGAUGAUGAAGACAAACAACACACUUCUGCUCAGGUCUCUCAUCAGGACGUGUGGGCUCUUUUUGAGAACAUCUGGUCCAAUGUGUAUCAAAUGAGGUCAUUUUUUCUGUCAUGUUCCAGCUUGGAAGUGUUCAAAGCUCUGGGCUUUGACCCGCACACUAUGCAGAGCGUUCAGCCAGUGGGAGGUCCUCCACCACCACAGGAUGCCUUAGUCUGUUUGCACAAACUGUCCUCCAUGGUCUCACAGCUGCUCCAAGCCUUCAGCAGUAUCUUGUCCCCUGCCCCUGGUUUAGAGGAAGUCCAGACACUGCUCAGCAUCUUCCAUACUAAUAAGAUAGUUGAUAUGGAUUCCAGAUUGACUGCAAAAGACCUUCUUGACUGUUUCUCACAACAGGACUACAGGGAGAAGCUGAGAGUUGGAGGGAACCAGUUAAUGGAGUUAAAAGAGGCCCUGGAUCGUUGUGUUGGGACCACGGGUCAUAACAUCAGCUUUACCACGUAGCCCUGAUUGGACCAGUGCACGCACGUCAGCCAACAGUCGCACUGAAUUAACUGAUAUGCUUUACUUCACGUAAAACAUGUAAGUUAAAAGGAUGUCUGCUCAUACUGUGCCUCUGGUGACUCAACCUGUUUACCUUUUUUAAUUUCCAUGUAUAGAACUGUUUCUUGUGACAGACACAUUGUUGUUCUGUUUCCCUGAAUGAAUGAAUGUCUGUGGAUGUUCUCUAUCAUUCUAAAAUUUACUACAUUAGUUAAACAGAGCUUGUAUUUUGUGAUUCAGCUGCAUCAGAUACUGCUUUCAGUGUUAUAUUCCUUCAGCUGUUUUACACCUGGUUCUCAUAUCUCCGGCCAUAUCACAAUGUAACAGAGAUUUCUCUUCAAUUUGAGUUCAGCCAGUAUAUAAAAUACACAUAAAAUACAUUUUGUUAAAAUUGAUAAGUUAAAUCACAGUGCUGUUUUUUUUUAUUAUUUUUUAAAAUGUUAUAUCAGCUUUUGAAGCACAGUUUGUUACACAGUGUGCAAAACAUAGAACUUGGGAAAUGUAUUUAGUGAUAUUUUUGGACCUUGUGAAUGUGUAAUUCAACAAUGUGCGGAGUCUUGGGACCCACUGUGAUAACGGACUGAGAGCCUUUUUUUACUCACAACAGUAAACUAUAUUUUAAUGUCUGUUCACUAUUUUUCAACCCAGACCCUAUUAAAAAGUUGUUUCCCA